AUGAGUUCACAAUCGCUUCUCACAAUUGGCUUGCAAGUUGGUCAAGAAGCCCUUAACUCACUUCUAGAAAUGGGUUUUCCUGAAGAAGAGGCUGUUAACGCUCUUCGAAAAUUCGACAAUGAUGUAGAAAGAGCAGUUGAACAUAUUUUUUCUGGACAAGCCACCUAUGAUGAAGCGCCUCAUUUGGUUAAUACAAACGAUGGUGCUGAACCUAUGAAUACUGACGUUCAAAAUUGGAAUAAUUCUUCUACUCCAAAAUCAGAUAACGUGGAUAUGGCAGUGAAAGCGUCAAUACAUGAACAGGACGAAGCAGCUCUCAGAAGAGGGGUCGAGGAAAGUUUAGCUGAUCAAUCAACAAACGACAAUUCAAUGGCAUUAGUUCCGUAUAAUAGCACCAAGGGAGAUCUAGAAACACAAUAUGAUGAUUCGUGGAGUUCCUUGACAGAGACAGAUCCGGAAAAUCCGGCACUUCGAACAAGAGAUAUUCUUGAGCCCACACCCGUGGGACUAAGACCAUUACCACGGCAUUCUUUUGCUUCGUGCAUCUUUCAAGCCUUGUUUCAUAUACCUGUAUUCCGAAUUUCGAUGCUGGGAUUUCGUCCCACGCGUGAAAAUUGGGGAAAUGUAGAAGGAUAUUGGCAGGGGAAAUCCCCGAGUUUAUCUGAUAAUCAGGAUUUAAUUUCAACUUACAAUACUUCUCCCGAGUAUCGAAAAUAUUCCAAUAGAUAUGUUAGUCUCAAUGUUGUCCAUGAGAUGCAAAAGCUAUUUGCCUUUUUAAUGCAAAGCGAAAGAAGUUACGGUGAUUCUGUUUAUAUCAUGAAAGCGAUGGAAUUCAAAGGGAAGGAUAAUUCAUGGCCCGAUUUUUUCGAAGAUCUCACGGACUUCUAUGAUUGCUUGUUGACUCGAUUAUGCGAAGCUGCUCGAUUUCGAGAUAAAGAUGCGCUAACUGACGAGUAUACCAAGGAAUUGGAUGAAGUAUGCGACUGCUGGGGAAUAAUUGAAAAGUUUGAACACGAUAUUCAACGAAUCAAACAGGAAAUUAACAAUAUUACCCAUUUCGAGGGAGAAUAUAAUGGCUUGGAACUUCUCCAAGGAUCUAUUAAUUAUUAUGAACGCAAACGUGAUGCUACCGAACCGACUGACACAGAGUCAAUUGAGCGUAUUGCAGGCGUGAUCAACUUUUUGGAGAAGUUCAAAGCUCGCACAGAGGAAAAGUUAAAUGGACUUUAUUUACAACUUGAUGAAUUACAACAGCACUUGCUGACUAUAUACGACAGACCAAGUUUAAAGAAGAUUCCUUACCGCCUUUGUGCAGUGAUAGUUCAUGAUGAAUCUCGUAAUGUACAAGGACAAGGUGAUUGGGCUUAUAUCUUGAUCCCAAAGGAUAAUGAUGAGAAUGGAGAUUGGUGGAAAUUUCAAAAUACUGAAGUGAAAAAGGUGACCGAAGAACAAAUCUUUAAAUAUGAUGCAAACGGGAUUCAUACUCUAAUCUUUGUUCAUCCGGAUUGUCAUUAUAAUCUCCCUGACUCUUUUUAUGAGGCUUUAAUUCCGACACCUUUAAAGGAAUUUGUAGAAGCUGAUAACGCUGCUUUCAAGCAAGAGUUUAUAAAUUACAAAGGGCGGCCGGAUCCACCCGCAUAUUCACCCACAGACACUGGCGGACGGAUCGAUGAUAGCAAUUGUUGGAAUUCUGAUUCUACGAUAAAUGCCGAGAAUACAUCAUGCGAUAUUCAACGAAUUGAAAUGCUAGCGAAAACUCUCAGAAAUGAUGAUCACAAGAUAGGUCAAAGAUUUGAAAUAUUUUGUGCGAGAUUGAAACAAUCGAAUCUUUUACGAAUACUCAUGAAAGAGUACCUUGAAAAUAGCAGGAAGGAAACUUGGGAUGAACCACUUCCACUAGAUCGUAAAUACCGUAAUGAUUCAAGGUUCAAGAGAUUAGUGACCGCUUUUGAAGGCUACGAGGAGAUCACCAAAGGGUUUACCGAAGGUUUAGAGUGUAUGCAUUAUGAUGACUACGCACGUGCAUUUGAAUAUUUCCUUUAUACCUUACAACGGGAAGAGAAUUGGAUCAACUCAAUUCAAGCCGAUGAUGACGAUGAAGGCUUACCAUUGGUAAAUAACAGUAAUAUCGAAGAUAUUAAACGAUCAAACUUUAUAAUUGAGCAUGCAAAAAUAUGUUUACAAACAUUGCAUCAAGGCGCAUUAGAGAAAGCCAACAAAUCCGAAACUAUGAUCGACGGAAUUAAAAAUGCACUCCUUUUAUUAAAACGUUUUAUUCGACUCUUGG